AUGGUCACGGAACUCCAGCAGAUGGUGAAACAGGUGAAGCACGACGUUUUAAGCAGACAAGUGCCGAACUUCAAGCAGUCAGAGAGCACUACAGAGUUCAAAUCCACUGCAGAGCCAUUCAACCAAGAGAUGGAAACCAAAGUGAUCGAAGACAUCAUUGAACACAUGAAAGGAUCAUUCCUGCGAGCUGCACGUGGUACGAGAGCCAUCAGUGAGGUGGACUCCUCUGUUUCUGCUGCAGCCGUCGACGUUCAACUGCCACUCGGCCGUCUUCCUAUAACUAUUCGCCACAAAAGGGCACACAAUGAUGUGGACGAGAACGCCGGUUGA